AUGACUCCUCUUUUCCUUCUGAUCACCCUUUCCACCAUUCAGUGAUGUGCACUUGGUCGUGUAAGGCUCCCUUGAGCACAAAGUGCUUCUUUAUAUCUGUUCUUCACAGCCAGAAUAAACAAACGGGGCCUUCUUGUUUGCGCCCGAGUGCACCCCAAUUGCCUGAUUAUGUGCUAAAAAGGAAAGAAAACAAAACAACUCUAGCACCCCGGUGCAGUUUGAGAUCACACAAUGAGAGGUUACGGUGUCUCUGUGAUGAGCUGGUGAGGAUCUGAGACAAGAGACCAGGCAGGGAAGGAGGGAGGGUGUGAAGGAGGGAGGGAGAGAGAGAGAAAGAGAGGGAGAGGGAGGGGGGUGGAAAUCAGGUUACAGUUUUUCUCCGAGGCUGUUUAGACGCAGUGACCCGUCUGUGUGACAGAGAACGCUGUUGAGUGAUGGCAGCUAUUCCCGCCAGCACGAAAACGACCAGCGGGCCGAGCUCCCAGGGAACGCAUGGGCGGCUCUGACAGACCACGGCUCAGCCCGCAGAUGAAAUAUAAUUUCCCUGAGAAUCAGGAAGCAUGAAAUGUGUUAUUGACACCAGCGGCGGUUAUUUCCAUGAGUCACAUUACUCUGUGUGUGUGUGUGUGUGUGUGUGUGUGUGUGUGUGUGUGUGUGUCUCUGAAACGCAGCCUGUGCACAGGAGCCUAAUAGCAAAGAUUGGUGUGAUUGUUUUGGUAAUGGUGGCAGGGUGCAGCCUGGAAGUGUCGCUUGACUUUGUGACAGAUUGUGUGAGCGAAAAUGAUCUUUGCUGUUCGCAGGCGCCUCAUCAGCCUGGGCAACCCGGGUUCAAGUUCACGGUGGCGGAAUCGUGUGACCGGAUCAAAGACGAAUUUCAGUUCCUGCAAGCCCAGUAUCACAGCCUGAAGGUGGAGUACGACAAACUGGCCAACGAGAAGACGGAGAUGCAGCGUCACUAUGUCAUGUAUUAUGAGAUGUCCUAUGGACUCAACAUUGAAAUGCACAAACAGACCGAGAUUGCAAAGCGCCUCAAUGCAAUUCUUGCUCAAAUCAUGCCUUUUCUGUCACAAGAGCACCAACAGCAGGUAGCGCAGGCUGUUGAGCGUGCUAAGCAAGUGACAAUGACCGAGCUGAAUGCCAUCAUCGGGGUACGUGGACUUCCCAAUCUGCCUCUCACCCAACAGGCCCAUGCCGUCUAUCCCGCUCUGAUGCAGCAGCAGCUCCAGGCUCAGCACCUCUCUCAUGCGGCACAUGGUCCUCCUGUCCAGCUGCCCCCUCACCCCUCAGGCCUGCAGCCCCCUGGCCUUCCCCCAGUCACAGGCUCUGGAUCUGGCCUGCUCACGCUCGGAGCUCUGGGAAAUCAGGCGCACUUACCGGUCAAAGACGAGAAGAAUCAUCACGAUCUGGAGCACAGAGACCGGGAGUCGAGCACGAAUAACUCUGUGUCGCCGUCGGACAGCCUGCGGGCCAGCGAGAAACACAGAGCCUCAUCUGACUACAGCUUGGAUUCAAAGAAACGCAAAAUGGAAGAGAAGGACAACUUAAGAUAUGACAGUGAUGGUGACAAAAGCGAUGACCUGGUGGUUGAUGUGUCCAAUGAGGACCCACCCACUCCGAGGGGCAGCCCCUCUCACUCUCCACCAGAGAACGGCCUGGACAAGGCCCGCGUGCUGAAGAAAGAUGCCCCAAACAGUCCAGCCUCUGUGGCUUCAUCUGGGAGCACGCCAUCUUCCAAAGCCAAGGAUCACCCUCACAAUGAUAAAUCUUCGACGCCAGGCCUGAAGUCCAACACUCCCACCCCACGCAAUGAUGCACCCACCCCAGGAACCAGCAGUACCCCAGGACUCCGGCCCAUCCCAGGGCCCAAACCCCUUGGCAUGGAAGUCUUGGGUCCUGCACUGCGGACUCCUCUGUCCUACGCUGCUCCAUUUGCAAUGAUGGGUCAUCACCCAGAGAUGAACGGCUCUCUCUCCAGUACAGGUGUCUACGGCCUCAUCUCCCCUCAGAUGAGCGCAGCGGCCACGGCGGCAGCUUACGGCCGGCCGCCCAUGCCUGGAUUUGAUCCACAUCCUCACAUGCGGGCUCCAGGUCUCCCAGCCAGCCUGUCGUCGAUCUCUGGAGGAAAACCAGCGUACUCAUUCCACGUCAGUGCAGAUGGUCAGAUGCAGCCCGUCCCUUUUCCUCCAGAUGCGCUGAUCGGCCCAGGGAUCCCACGCCACGCACGCCAGAUUAACACGCUGAGCCAUGGCGAGGUGGUCUGUGCCGUUACCAUUAGCAACCCCACACGCCACGUUUACACGGGUGGCAAGGGAUGUGUCAAGAUCUGGGACAUCAGCCAGCCUGGCAGCAAGAGCCCUGUGUCCCAACUGGACUGCCUGAACAGAGAUAAUUACAUUCGUUCGUGUAAGCUGCUCCCAGACGGCCGCACACUGAUCGUGGGUGGCGAGGCCAGCACUCUGACCAUUUGGGACUUGGCCUCUCAGACACCGCGCAUCAAGGCUGAACUGACCUCAUCAGCCCCGGCCUGCUACGCUCUGGCCAUCAGCCCUGACGCCAAGGUCUGCUUCUCCUGCUGCAGUGACGGAAAUAUCGCCGUGUGGGACCUACACAACCAGACCCUUGUCAGGCAGUUCCAGGGUCACACAGAUGGCGCGAGCUGUAUAGACAUCUCUCACGACGGCACCAAGCUGUGGACGGGUGGCCUGGACAACACCGUCCGCUCCUGGGACCUGAGAGAGGGACGACAGCUCCAGCAGCACGACUUCACCUCACAAAUCUUCUCUCUGGGCUACUGUCCCACUGGUGAGUGGUUGGCUGUAGGGAUGGAGAGCAGCAACGUGGAGGUUCUCCACCACACCAAACCAGACAAAUACCAGCUACACCUGCAUGAGAGCUGUGUGCUAUCCCUCAAGUUCGCCUAUUGCGGUAAAUGGUUUGUGAGCACAGGGAAGGACAAUCUGCUGAAUGCCUGGAGGACGCCGUACGGCGCGAGCAUUUUCCAGGUACGUGACUCAAUAACCGACUCGUUCUCAUUCGCAUCGCAGUGUGGCCCCGACGGGACCGAGAUUGAUGUGUUCUUUAGCAGAAGCCAUGCAGGCUGGUAUGGUAAUUUCAAAGCUUUUAACUCUCUGACUGGGAAGAGUGUAGGUGGUGGUGAUGAUGAUGCGAGAAGCGGGAGGUUGAAGAACCAUUGUGAGAGUUUGACACAUUCAGUUUUCAGUAAGGACAAGAACAGAAGCUUCUAUAUUUGAGAAACAAAAGAGAUUCGUUCUUGUUGUUUACAGCGUUGUUGUUGUUGUUGUUGUUGUUGUUAUUUAUACAACAGCGCUGUUGAUUUCUCAGAUUUCAUUGGGCAGAACGUGUCGCUUAACAGCAGCCAUGACGGUCUUGAAAACAAAUACCAGGUUUAUAUUAAUGCUCUCGUUAAUACGCUAUUGUUUCUAUAGUAACAGUGAAUUCGCAAGGACUUGUAUAGCGUAUGGUUGCACCCAGAUUCAAAAUGUGUGUAGUGUCUCCAGUGUCAGCACUUUAUAACCGCUAGAGGUCAAGCUGUAAUUUUUUAAAAUAAAUUUUUAUUUAUUUAUUUUAAAUAAAGUUUUCAGACACGGGCUGUCUUACUAACUUCAAACAGGAAAAAAGAGACUUUCACGACGUUAUGAUAUAAAUGAUAAUGGGGACUAACUGGUCGUGCAGACGUUAAACAACAUUAGAUGCAACUAUAAAUGGAUAAAAAGUACAUGAUCUUUAAUGAAUAGAAAUUGUAAUUGUUGGCGAAUUGCUGUAGUGUGAGAGGAAUAAAAGACAUCGGGACAUGGUGAUAUUGGAAAAUAAUCAAUCGCGACACCCAGUCGUGGGUUAUUUUCCUAGAACAGCAUGCCCUAACGUGUUUUAUUCCUUGCUUGCCCUGAAAUAAGAUCUGACGAAAGCAGCAUGGGCUGAUUAGUUGAUCAUGAUUAAAUUUUUCUAACUUUUUUUUUUUUUUUUUUUUUUUUUUUC